UACUCCAAUAGUUAUUUUAGAUAGUAUUCGUUCAACCAUCUACGAAACGGGAGUUACCCUCCUCUUUUGAGUUAAAGCGGUCCUGUGCUGCUCCGUGGACUGAUGUCACUAAUAGAAUGUGAUCGUUUCGCGGAUCUCCGACUGUCAGGAGUCCGUGUACUUUUCGUUGCUUUUUAUAUCAUAGGACAGCUUGCGCGGCAGCGACAAAGACAAUUGUUUGUAGAGAAACUACCAAAGAACAGUACAUUUUCGCUCUUAGUCUUCAUUCUAGGACAGCUGUUCCAUGGUUUAUCAUUAAACAUUUUGUGAAUAAAACAACAUCGUUGCUGACAAUGCUAGAAUGUCUAGUAGCUGAAUGUUGUCUGUUGUAACGAACGUGUUGCUGUAAGUAAAAUACCCAAUUUCGUCGAUUGAAGAUCAUCAGGACAAGGCUACAGCAGAGCGAGGACAAGACCUCACCCUCAGCAUUUUGUUUGCAUUUGAUUUAGAGACCUACAACAAUGUUAACCCAGAGAAAGAGAAAACGCACUGUGGAAGACUUCAACCAGUUUUGCACCUUUGUGUUGGCCUAUGCUGGAUACAUCCCCUAUCAAACAGAGGAGUGGUGGUGUAGUGAGAGCAAGCCCAGGGACAGCAACCCCUGCAGCACCAGCCAGAGUACCAGUCCAUGGGCCUACCAGUCCUCUCCUACCUCAGACUGUGGCUCCUCUGCUCGGGGCCAGAAGGAGGAAGGGAAGGAGGUGAAGAGGUCAGACAAGAAGCCAGUCGGGCCUGGUCAGGGGGAGAAGAAGCCUAGAGGAGAAAGUGCCAAGUCUCCCAAUACGGAACAGGCUGCCACUAGAUCAACGGUCAGCAAAACGCCAGAGAUCCAUGAGCAGCACCUGCCCCAGUCUGGAUGGACCAACCACAACAGCUGUCCUACUGACAACAAAACACAUCCUCUGAUGGUUUCCAAACAUGACCAUGACUGUAAACUUCCCCAAUCUUUCCUGACUCAACUCUUCCCUGAAGCCACCCUCAGCAGCUCUCUGUCUGACCACAGGAACAAGACCAACAACGGUCAGACAGAAACACCAGACCCCAACAGGUCGGCUGGGAAGACGAGCGACGCUUUCCCUCAGAAGAAAGGAAGUGAAGAACUGGAACAGGAAGUGACAGAGCAGCCAGUUGACAUGACAAUGACAAGCUGUGAGACGGAGAGGAGCAGUCCUCACAGGCUGGGAGACAGAGAAAAAAAGAGAAGAAAGGAAGAGAAGGGGUCACGGGAGAGCUGGGAGGGGUCUGGGAGUGAAGGAGGCAUAGACAGGGGUCAGAGGUCAGAUAUCCUAAGGAUGGUGAUGGACAGGAGGUUCAGAGGUCAGCUAGCUGAAGACCAAGAGACAGGCUACCACACAGAGGAGGGAAGCAGCCCCGACCGGGACCAUGGAGGGAGCAACUACCAGACAGACCAGGGAGGGAGCGAUGGAGAGGACACAUCUGCAGACAACCGCAAGAUGGAGGAUGAGGACGACUCGUGGGACCUGAUCACCUGUUUCUGCCUGAAGCCAUUUGCGGGUCGGCCCAUGAUAGAGUGUAGUGAGUGUGGCACCUGGGUGCACCUGUCCUGCGCUAAGAUCCGCCGCACCCAUGUUCCUGAAGUCUUCAUCUGCCAGCCCUGCCGAGAUACCAAGACCAACAUCAGACGCUCCAACCGGGCGCGGAUUGCCCCCCGCAAACGCUUCAGCGACUAGACUAGAUAGCACCAGCUGGUUCAUUGGUUGUGUCCCAAUUGGCAGUAGGUAGCCUAGUGGUUAAGAGCAUUGUGCCAGUAACCGAAAGGUUUGAAUCCCAAAGGUGGAAAAAUUUGCUGUUCUGCCCUUGAGCUAUGUAGUAACCCCAAACAACAACUGCUCCCCGGGCGCUGUUGAUGUCGAUUAAGGCAGCCCCCCGCACCUCUCUGAUUCGGAGGGGUUGGGUUAAAUGCUGAAGACACAUUUCGGUUGAAUGCAUUAAGUUGUGCAACUACUUUUGAUGUAGGGAAUAGGGUGCCAUUUGGGACGUUGACCACUAGUGAGCAUCAAGUUCUAUGCUGGUCCAUUUUGUCGCUCUGCAAAAACCGCCACCAGGGUUGUGUUCAGUAAGACACAGAAAAAGUAAAUUAAUUUCUGUUAUUGGACAAGUCCAGGUACUCCUCCCUGUUUCGGUCCUUUUUCUUCCAUUUUCAGCCUAAUGAACACUACCCAGGACACUGCCAUCAGCAACCAAGCCAUGAGUCUAUGGUUGUGUUCCCCUGCUCAGAUGUUACAUUCAUCAACCAAUGGUUGCGUGCCACAUCAACUGUGCCAUCGGGCACCAGAUUGUUAUAACAUGAUGUGGCUAGCUGAUACUUAAUACCUAUCCAGGCAUUGUAAGAUCCUAUCACUCUCCCCAGAACAGUACAAUGUCCAUGCAUUCAGACAAUCUACUCAGGAAGGAAUGAGGGGCUACAGGAGAGCGAGAAAGAGGGAUUGGGGGGGGGGUGAAAGAGGAAUGUGUUUGGUAACGGUCAGCUGUUACUGUUGUGGUGAGAACAUAACACAUCUUCUCACAUGCUAAUCUCAUUUACCCCCACCCCUCCAUUCUGCCACCCACCCAUACCUUCCUCCCUCCUUCUACCCAUCUCUUCAUUUGUGCAUCACUGAACCGAAGGGCUUGCCUUGGCUCAUCUACACUAGUAUGUUGAAUUCACUACUUAGUACAAUACUAUGUAGGGAAUAUGGUGCCAUUUGAGACCCAUGGACAGGUUUCUGGGGACUACUUUCUCAAAAUAUGCAUUUUCAGUUAUUUCCACAGUUGUUGCCAUUUGAUGUAUAAGAUUGUCACGCCUUCAACUUUCUGACUCUGUAUUAUUAUACAUUGCCAGUGGAUGCCUGCCUCUCUUCCAAACAUGUUAUAUAUGUACACUGAGUGUACAAAGCAUUAGGAACACCUUCCUAAUACUGAGUUGCACCCUCUCACCCUUUUUCCCUCAGAACAGUCGAGUCAGGACAUGGACUCUACAAGGUGUUGAAAGCAUUCCACAGGGAUGCUGGCCCACGUUGACUCCAAUGUUUCCCACAGUUGUGUGAAGUUGGCUGGAUGUCCUUUGGGUAGUGGGCCAUUCUUGAUACACACUGAAAAACCCAGCAGCUUGCAGUUCUUGACACAAACCGGUGCGCCUGGCACCUACGACCAUACCCUGUUCAAAGGCACUUCAAUAUUUUCUUUCCCAUUUACCCUCUGAAUGGCACACAUACACAAUCCAUGUUUGAAUUGUCUCGAGGCUUUCAAAAUCCUUCUUUAACCUGUCUCCUCCCCUUCAUCUACACUGAUUGAAGUGAAUUUGACAUCCAUAAGGAAUCAUAGCUUUCACCUGGUCAGUCUGUCAUGGAAAAAGCAGGUGUUCAUAAUGUUUUGUACACUCAGUGUAUAUCAGAUGGUAAACCUUUAAUAAGAUGUAAAUAGUUUGCUUUUUAGAGUUGUUUAUUAUAUCUUCGAUGUGACACAUGCAGUAAUAAAGUUAAAGGACUAGCUCAUUAGUCUCAUCGGUGUUCUGUACUGUUUACAUAUUAUUAAGUGUAUUGUACACAUCAGUCACCAGACCAGAUAUGGUUUUGUCUGGUUUUAAUGGAGCACGGCUCCCGAGUGGCGCAGCAGUCUAAGGCACUGCAUAUCAGUGCAAGAGGCAUCACUGCAGUCCCUGGUUCGAAUCCAGGCUGCAUCACAUCCAGCUGUGAUUGGGAGUCCCAUAGGGUGGCACAAUUGGCCCAGUGUCGUCUGGGGUAGGCUGUUAUUGUAAAUUAAGAAUUUGUUCUUAACUGACUUGCCUAGUUGAAUAAAGGUUCAAUAAAUGUAAAACGCAUCACCAUUAUUAAGCAAGUAUUCUUCGUGCCUAUUUAAACAACUGAUCUCCAGCACAACUUCCUGUCAGCUGCCACACUACUGUUGAUCAUAUAUACUGAACAAAAAUAUAAAUGCAACAUGUAAAGUGUUUUCAUGAGAUUCAAUAAAAUAUCCCAGAAACUUUC